AACUUAUACGACGAUGUCAGACGAGGAAUUGAUGGAUGAUUUGUUCGGUGGUGCAGAGGAAGAUAUAGAGAAGAAAAGUCAACAAACGGACGAUAAUGACGAUAACGACGAUAAUCUAUCAGAGAGACGUGCAUUGGAGUACAAUGAGGAGGAUAUGCCUACAGAAGGUGUCAUACUUGAGCAGGUUAGAACUGCUACGAUGGAUAUCAACAAUCUACCACCAAUACGAUCCGUAGAUAAGAACUGGCUGGCGAAAAUACCUAACUUUUUAAACAUACAAUCUGCUGGCUUUGAUAGGAAUACAUUCGAGGAUGACGAUAAGAAUUUACCUGAUAACGCAAACAGUUUGAACACUAUCAGGUGGAGGUGGCAUCAGGACAACAGCGGUCAGACUAUAGCUCAGUCUAAUAGCAGAGUUAUCAAAUGGUCAGAUGGUAGUCUCAGUCUACAGGUCGGUUCUGAAAUCUACGACAUGAACACAAACGAGGAUGUCAAAACGGUAUCCUCUUCUGAGCCAAACAACCCACGUCAGUACGCUUAUACGAAUCACGAGAAGAGUGAGGUCGUUAUGGGCGAUACUGUCAUCAAUGGUCAACUCAACUUUGUUCCACCAAGUUUAACCUCAAAUGUACAUAAAAAGUACGCCUCAACAGUCAACGAUAAGCACUUUAAAGCUGCUAGACUUAAGAUGGUGGAUAAAGAAACUGAAGCAAAGGAUCCAGAGAAGGAGCUGUUGAAGAAGAUGGAGGACGACAAGAAGGUAGCCCGUCAGAGAGCCAAGCAAGAGAGGGUAACUGCAAAGAAAGAAGCCGUCGCUAAUGGCACGAACCUCGACUGGAGUUCUGACGAUGAAGAUUUGGCGAGAACGACAUCAAGACGUAUCGGCGCGAGAGGAUACGAGAAGGAGCCAGACGAUGGAUUCGUGGUAGACGACGAAGACGACGACAAGAUGGAGGGAAUAAACGACGACGAAGAAGAAGAGGAAGAAGACGGCUCAGUUGAUAGUUUGGAAGACGCAGAGAAUAGAAUAGAAGAGCAGAAGACUAAUAAAGUGUAUAAGAAGCGUAUUGAAUCUGACGAUGACGAAUAAUUGUUUUGUAUAAUCCAUUCUUCUUUCUAUACGACGAUGCCAUCCCAGCUCAAGCAGCUCAAGCAGACUGUGAACAACGCAGGAAUAAAAAAGAAUAAGAGAAAGUUUGAAGGCAACUCGCAGGAUAAAGAUAAGAGAAAGAAGAUCUCUGAGGAGAUACACACAAAAUUUAACCCAUUCGAUACCCAAGUACAGCGCCUGAAGCACAACGUUGGAGGGCGUAAGGUCAUUGGUAGCAUCGGUGCACCAGCGAAGGCUAAGCAAGCAGGUAUCAACCAGAGAAAGGAAGCUCUACUUCCGGCACUAGAGAAUAGAAAUAAAUCAUCAAAGUUCAAGGACAGACGUUUCGGUGAACAGGACCCUACACUUGAUGAGGAGGAGAGAAUGCUAGAGAGGUACCAGGCGGAGAAAGCUAACAGCGGGAAACGCAGUCGUAACAACGCAGAUUUCAACUUGGAGGAUAACGACGAGUUGACGCAUUACGGUCAAUCUUUGGCUUUGGAUGAUGACUUCGCAAACGCUGGGUUGGGCGAUAACGACGACGACGACGCUGGUACUCGCUUUGACGCUUUCGGUGGCUUCAACGAUGACGAAGAAGAAGAGCCAAUCGAUUACGACCACCCAGAUGCUCCUCCUCGCCGUAAAACCAAGGCUGAAGUCAUGGAGGAACUCAUUACGAAAUCCAAACAACACAAAAUGGAAAGACAGCAACAGCGUGAAGACGACGAUGCUCUUAGGGAGGAAGUUGAUGCAGAUUUGGAUGAGAUCAAGGGCAUGCUUUUCGACGCACCAGCUUUAGAUGUCAAAAAGGAAGAUGAGAAGGCUCAAGCGAAAAAGUCAGACGACAAUAGCAACUACAAAGGCGAUAAGUCUGGUAACGAGAACUACGAUCAGUUCGUUAGACAGCUCGCCUUUGAUAAGAGAGCAAAACCAACAGAUAGGCUCAAGACAGAAGCUGAAGUGGCUUUCGAUGCCAAAGAAGAACUCGAGAGAAAGGAAAGAGCUAGAGUACUCAGAAUGAGGGGCGAAGAUGACCAGCAGGUCAUCAAUCCUUCAGGUGGUUACGCUGCUAGAAGGCAGCGUGCACGCGAAGAAGAGGAGGCUGAGAAAGAGGAAGACGACGACGAAGAUGAUGAGCAGAUGGAGGAUGCUGAGACUUACGGUAUCGGUAAGGGUCUUGAUGGGGGUGAUAGCGAAGAGGGUGAUGAAGACGAGGAAGAAGACGAGGAAGAAGAAGACGAUGAUGACGACGACGAUGAUGGCGAUGACGAUGAUGACGAUGAAGAAAGCAUUGCCGAAUCAAAUGAAGGCGAACUGGGUGAUGUUGCAGAAACAGACAGCGCUCCAAUAAAGAAUCUCGUUGAUAGCAAUAAGAAGAAAUCAAAGAAGUCAUCAGAAAAAGCUACAGCGUCAGACAGUUCUUCUCUGCCUUACACCUUCGCCUGUCCAACCAACCAUGACGACUUUAUGGAUAUCAUCGAGUCAUACAAUGUAGAGCAAUCGGAAGUCCCAGUCGUUAUCGAGAGAAUACGCACGAUUUACCAUCCAGAAUUGGGAGAAGACAACAAAGCCAAGUUAUCUCUCUUCAACGGUGUUCUCAUUGACCAUCUGAUUUACACCGCUUCAUCUAGUGCCAACAUGGAGUUAAUGGGUAUUCUUUCAAAGAAUAUCGUACAACUCACAAACCUCCUUCCAAUACCAUCAGCUGAGACUUUCAAAGAGAAAUUGCAACUUUUGCAGCGCAACUUCAACAAAGGUCUUUCAUCAGGUUCCACGAGCGAAAAAAGUAAAACCUGGCCAGGUAUUCCUGAAUUGAGUUUACUUAGACUUAUCGGCGUUGUUUGGUCUACCUCUGAUUUCAGUCAUCCAGUCGCAUCAGCUGCUCAGUUGCUUAUUGGUCAAUAUCUUUCACAAGCUCGUAUUAGAAAUGGCAGUGACAUAAUCAAAGGAUUAGUUCUCUGUGGUAUUUCAUUGCAAUAUGAGAAUUAUUCAAAGAGAUUCAUACCAGAGGUUGUAAACUUCCUCGUUAAUUCAGUUCUCAUUCUUGGCGGUGUUUCCAAGAAGGCCGUACCGGGUCAACAUCCAGUACCUGAUGUUGGACGUUUGCCUCAGUUGGCUCUCACGAAGAAUGAUAAGGAGCAGCCCCGUGCUUCUAUCCCAUUGAAGGACUUCCUAGAUGAGAGUAGCAGCAACUCGCUCCAAAGUAGGGUUGAUAUCUUGGACAAAACACUUUCAAUAUCCCGUGAAGCAGCUCAAAUGUGGGGAUCAUUGGAUGGUUUCAUCGAAGCCUUCCAGCCUUUAGUUGAGGGUUUGGAUGUUGUGUCAAAGAAGGAUGUAUGUGGCGGUAAAUUGAAGAGCCAUUUGGAAAAGACAUCACAACAGAUAAGAAAUCAGGUCAAGUUUGCUAAACAGGCUCGCAGACCAUUAAGAAUGCAACAACACAAGCAAAUUGCUAUCAGCUCACUCAUACCUAAGUUCGAGGAGAACUACAAUGCGGAUAAGAGGUACGAUCCUGAUAGAGAAAGAGCAGCGAGCUCGAAACUCAAGGCAGAAGUCAAGGCAGAACGUAAAGGAGCACUUAGAGAUUUGCGCAAAGAUGCUAAAUUCAUUGCGGCACACAAGCAACAGAAACGUAUUGAGGAACUCGGCAAAUACGAGGACACAAUGCGUAAGAAGGUCGACAGGAUUGGUGAUGAGCGCUACGAAGAGAAGACGCACCAGAAAGCGAAAGCGAAGGCCAAGAAGAUGGCUGGAAAAUAGAUUUAAUUUAUAUAUUCACCUAUUUAUAUGCAUAUAUUGGAGUA